UCAUUCCAUCGUGUAGUGUUCGAAGCAAUAUUGUGUCUGUGUAAAGUGAAUACUUGCUUAUUUACAACAAUGUUUUCUAUAACGACAGUGUUGUUCAUAGUGUACUUUUUAUCGGAUUUCUCACAUGGACAAAGAGAUAAAAAGUUUUUUCGGCAAGACUACACAUAUUUAGAAGCGGGCGAUGGUUUCUAUAGAAUGCAAAGACUCCCGAGGACCUGGUUCAAAGCCAAGGUUAUGUGUGCUCAGGAAGGUUCCAGUCUGUUCUUCCCUGAGUCCAAUGCUGAAGCCGAGGCAGUUUUAGCGUUUUGGCAGCACUGGUCGGAUGAAAUUGAUCGUACGCUCCUGGGGAUGUCGGACCUACUGGUCAAUGGAGAGUUUGUUACCCUCAACGGUAAACCAGCCUCCAAAGUGUACAACAAAUGGAAGCCAGGCGAGCCAAAUGGUUUGAGCGGCAACGAGCACUGCGUCAACUGGCAGAGUGACGGUCUCCUCAAUGACUGUCCAUGCGAUUACAAAGAUUAUUUCAUUUGUAAAAAGAGCCUGGAGUCUCUAGAGUGGAACUAUCUCUGUAAUAUGCCUUAUAUGGAUUACACGUACAACAAUGCCACCGGCAAAUGCUACAAAGUUCACACAACUCCCGUCAACUGGAUCGGAGCCAGAGCAGUAUGUGACAGGGAGUUGACCACACUAGCAACAGUCUCUAGUAAGGAGGAAGCUGAAUUUCUAGCCAGAUUAGUUGAGUCCACACCAGUCCCAAGAACCACAGAGAACUACAUGCGUGGAGUCUAUCAUAUGGGCUUCCAGAACAUAUACAGCCGUGGUUGGACGAAAGAUGGAUAUCCAGAGGUGCCAAUGCAUUUUGGUCCUGAGGUGUGGUGGGGAAACUAUGUGCCCAAGGGGCAUGGUCAGUGCGGCUCAAUGUUUUUCAACGGACAACUGAACACAAUCGAUUGUGAAAAUACAUUGAGUUUCUUCAUCUGUGAAAAAGUGACUACUCCGAACAUACCUACCUAAUUAAUUUUUAAGUUAAAUAUAAUCUGUUUCAAUUUGUAUUGAAGGCAUAUUAAAUAAAACUUUGCAUCUGAACUAUUCAUAUUAUUAUUCAUAUAAACAAGGUAAAUGUUAGUUUGUGAAUUGGCUUUAUGUGUGCGCAUAUUUAAAACAUGCCUUAUGUUCAUUAUACGCUGAUUGUGCAGAAGCUAGUACAAAUGAUUUGACCAAUAAACAAUGUUUCGAUUAUUGUGCAUA